GAGCAAAAAGAAAUUACUCGUGGCGAAGAGAAAUUUCUCACUGCGAAAAGAAAUUACUCACGGCGAAAAGAAAUUGCCAAAAGAGGUUAUUGCGUGUAAAAUUUGAACCUCAGCUAUUGCCAUAGUUUGAACUCCCUAUUAAAGGCUUACAAUAAAAUAUUUUCCCUAAAUCAGUUUUGUGUAAGUGGUCCUAACGGGUUAGAGCUGUGAAAAGUCAUUUUCUGUUCAGGGAGAUUGGAAAGUUUGGGGGCGACUGUGCUAAGAUUUAUAUCUUGUGUGUGGAUGUGUGUUUGUCUGCCAACUUCAGCUGAUAGAAGGAAAAUUUAUUUUUAGCCACAUAACAGGAACAAAACUUGCAGUAGAGAGAAGUAAACAGGAGACACGUGAAUGAAAGCAGAUUAUAACGCCCAAGUCAUCCGUUCAUAAGACAUCUCUUUUAAAGAGGAUUAGAAGCUACUGAAAGGUCCAUUGUUCGACAUUCUUUCACACACUAUGGUCUGGCUUAAUUGGUUGUUAAAUUUAAUGUGUUUCUUUAUCAGAGCCUGGUUCGUUUGUUUCCGCAAGGACCACGUAGUUUAGUUGUUUACAACUUACGUCUUGCUGUCAAUCAUACUGUGUGACAAAGGCAUGUACAAAAACAAACCCGCAGCCUUCCAAACAUGCAUAAAUUAUGCAAGUGUUUGUAAGUGAAUGCACAGCUGAGUGUAUAGCAAACUCGUUUAUCAUGCUGAAGUUAUUGCUUAUUUUGAAAUUUUAACCACCUCAUUUACUUAUGGCAUCGUCGAAGCUUCCCGUUACUAUUGAACUGUUGCUACAGAAUGGCUGAAAGAGGUUUGACUCCAAGCGCUUUCGCGUUGCCUGGUUUAUCGAAGGACUCGAAAAAGCCGUUUGGAUUUUCUGGGGUAAGAGAAGAUUAUGGCUCUCGAUCCGUUGCUAAUGAGACUCGAGUAAGGGCGAAAGACGACUUGGAGGAGUCUUCAAGUUUAGUUGAUGAGUUAGGAACCCUUUUACCACCACUGACAGAAUACACGCUCGAAAAUUUAACAAAAUCAAGGCCUCGCAGUCCAAGACGAAGAUCACCCUCACCCUUGGCGCGAAGAAAAGAACUCGAAAACAAUUCCAACUUUUCUUUUGAUAUUAAGAGUCCUCAAACCUUGAUCAAAGACCAUGAGGACUUCUCAGCUGAGCGUGUAAACGUGUUGAAGGAAAGACCAAACUUUCCACCAUCGCUCAUUCUCUCUAACGAUGUAGGAUUAUCGGUUUCAAGUAGGGAACUCUCUCAAUCAAGAUCUUCACCGCGACUAAGUGAUAAACCUCGAACAAAUCGUCCCGAAGCGGCUCCGAAAUCUGAAAGAAAUAAAAAUUUCGAAAAUGGAGAACUCUUGACGGAAAGAACCGAUCUUAACGUAGUCAGUGUUAUAAAUGACCCCAAAAUCCGGUUUGUGAAUGAGGAUCGCCACAGAAGUGACAAUGAUCCACCUCCUCUUCCUACAUCACCUCCGCCGCUGGACGACGGAGAGGACGGCGAGAUUUUGGGUUCUUUAGCAAACGACACACUGAAUACUGAAUCAAAGCGAUCAACUCAAGUAGGUGGAUUUGAAAAAAUACAGCCAAUUGACAGAAGAACUGGUAAAUUGUCAGCAAAGGUGGCGGAUAAUCCCCUUAAAAAUGAAAUUGAAGCAAAUGUGUUGAGUAAAACUAAGCAGUUAAGAUUUGAUACAGCCAGCAAUAAUAGCAGUCCUUCUUCAAGGAUAGCAAAAUGGCAGGGGUAUGGACGGACAUCUUCUGAAGAUAGUUAUGUAUCAGUUUUACCAAAGAUUGGAGCUGGUUUUCCAGACAGACAGACUUCUGUAGAUUCUGCAAUUGCUUCUCGACUGUCCAAAUAUGAGACACCCUACAGUUCCAGACAGCGAAAACCUGUUGAAAAGACCUUGUCAGCAAACCGUCGACGAUUCAAACCAGUCACAUUAACAGACGAGGAUGAGACAACAAAUUCUGAGAAGAGUAUAGAAAAUAUUGACUCUUUAGUUGAUGCAGAAAAAAAACCCAAUCAGAAAAUGUUGGAGGGUUUGCAUGGUAUACAAACUGGAAAGAACACCACUAAUUCUUUUCCAAGGGAUUUCAGUGAAGGAAUUAGUGUUAUAAGCCAGCCUAUGAGUAUGUCUGGGAGUAAAAUGCAAUAUAGUUUUCAAGAUAAAAGUUUUGCAUCAGGAGAGAAAGCAAAAUCAGAUCUUGAUGGCUCAGAGAAGCAAUCAGUUACUGAUAAAAAUACUUACAACAAGAAAUCUAGCCCGAAAUCGUGGUCAUCUGACAUGUACGGUUCAAGCAAGACUGCACAUCAAGAACCUGAUGUGGUUGUUGAAUAUGAUGGUGUUAAGGAUAGCCUUGAAAAGUUUGAUGACAGCAGUGGAAAUAGAACAGUGAUAUCUGUGGGAUCAGAAAUUAGAACUUCAAACACAAAUGAUCCUGAUGAAUUUAAAAGUAAAAGCAAUAUCAAUGAGAAUGAAUUGAAUAGGAGUGCUGAUAAUGACAAAAAUAAAACAACAAAACAACAUGGUAGUUCAGGAAUGACACUUCCAAAAGUUGUCAUUGAAUACGAUGGUGAAGUAGUCAGUGAGCCUUUGAUUGAUGGAUACGACACAGAAGAAACUUCUGAUGAUGGUAAAAAACUGAUGUCAUCUUCCUUUGGUCAACUGGAGGACUUAGAUGAUGUACAUUAUUUAGAUAACAUGUCUGAUGGUUCUGUUAGUCUUUAUGCUGAUGAAGAUGACAUAGGAAUUUUGGAUUAUACUGAUGAUGAAGAUGAAGUAUAUGCAGAUAUGACAUUGGGGAAUGAAAACCUCACUUUGGAGGAUCCUGUGGGGGAAGAAGCAGAGGAAACUAGAGUACUCAGAGGCUCUGAACUGAAUGAUGACGGUCUGAUGGAUCCACCAUUGCAAAUCAUGACAGAGACAUCUGAGUCAGAAGAGAGCGAUGAAAUUUUGUUUGAGCCUCCUCCAAUGUUUGCCAGCUCUGAUGAGGUAGAGAUAAGAGAAGAAUUAGAGGAAUCAGGUGUGCUAGAGAAUGGUUAUGAGGGCAACUUACCAUCCCCAGUCAUUCCUUCCUCUCUGUUAGAGACACAGCCCCAAGAUGAUAAAAGAUUUCACAACCUUGCUCCAGAAAUCUGGACUGAAGAUGACUGUGUGGAUUGGCUAGAUUUUAUUGGUUUGGGACAUUUUGCAACAGAGUUCAGAGAACAUCAUGUGGAUGGAAAAGUCUUGAAAAACAUCAAUUUCCAGCUACUUGAGGAGAUUGGCAUUAAUUCUCCUGAUGAACGUGAAGUUAUCCUGUCAGAGAUUUACAGACGUUUUCAUCCUGAAGAAGAGGACAUGUUUGAAAUGGAAAUUCAAGGUGCUCUCCAGUCUGCCUCUGAGAAAGAGAAGAUGAAAAUCAUGGCUGUCCUCAAUGCUUUACGAUCUCCGGCAUUUCAAGCAGAACUUGGACUGGACACUUCCACAGGUUCCUCUUCACCUCAUGGAAGUGAAGCAGGUUUUUAUAUGGGAGCAGAAACUGCAUCACUAUCCAGCAGUGUCACAACAGGGAGUGAGGAUCAUUCUCAAGACAUGAACCUGCCUCCCCCACCCCCCCCUCCGCCGUCAUGGUCUCAGACAGCAAAGAAAACCAAAAGCUUGGGUAGAGAACUUGAUGACUACGAACCAAGAACCAAGGGUGGGAAACCAAAGAAGGCUGGAAAGACUCCUAAAGAGAAGGACAAGUCAGGAGAAAAAGCGUCAAAAAGUGAGAAGCACGGACGCAAGGACAAGAAACACAAAAGGGUGACAAGACUUUUGGACAGCUUAUCACUAAGCACAAGUUCUUCCAAACUGACCAAGCUCUUCCACCAUUCUUCUUCCUCCUCCUCCUCUUCAACAACAACAAAAAAACUCAACCCCACCAUGCAGUACCUUCUACAGGCUGGUCCUCAGGGAUUGAUCCGAAUAUGGCCGACUGCUCUCUCUGAGGAGAUGAAUUAUUGUAGUUUCAUGGUGAACAUGACAACCACAAGUGCUGAGAUUAUCAAACUUGUCUUUGAGAAAUAUGAGUUAGUGGACGAUCCGCGGAGGUACUAUGUUUGCGAAUUGGGAUUAGGAAAAGGAGCUGCGCGUUAUGAUCUCAGUGAUGCAGACUGCCCUCUGUUACGUCAGUGUCGCUGGGCUGAUCCUGACAAACAGCGCUUUGAAUUGAGGUGUAGAGAUGAAGGAGUAAUCAAGAUGUUGUUUGAACUUGAAGGAUAUGAGGACGAUUUAGACUACCGAUCCAUUCCCUUAUCUUCCAAGACUCCAUGUUCAGAAGCAGUGGGACUGAUUGUCAAGAAGUUUCAUUUGCCUGGGAAGGGAAGCGAAUACUAUUUGGUGGAAGUAUCCGAAGAAAACGAAGAUGAUAGAGAGGAAGUAGCUGACCACGUGUGCCCCUUGCGACUGCAAAUGGCAUGGAGUGCCCCUGAUCACGUGUUCAGGCUUUGUAGGCGACCAACAGAUAGUUCAACUGAUGUCAAUGACGAUAAUAAAGAUGCAGUGGAUGGCUGGAUGACAGAUGCAACUGAAGAUGUUUCUCAAGAACCAGGCAUUAACUCAGAAGUGUCUUGGGUUCGCGAUUAAGACGAGCUGAAGCUAGCACCU